AUGGCAGCCACAGCAGAGUCAGAGUCCACAAUCAACACCCUCCUCUCGCAGUUAACCCUCGCAGAGAAAUGCGCACUGCUCUCUGGGAAGAAUAUGUGGGAGACCACGCCCAUCCCACGACUGGGAAUCCAAUCCCUCAAAACAACAGAUGGGCCAGCUGGCGUCCGCGGCGCCAAGUGGACAAAUGGCUCGCGCACAACGUUCAUUCCCUGCGGGAUUUCGCUCGCAGCAACGUUCGAUAAGGAGCUUGUGCAGCGCAUAGGAGCGGUUCUAGGCGCCGAGGCACGGAACAAACAGGCGCAUGUUCUGCUUGCGCCAACGAUGAAUCUUAGUCGAAGCUCCUUUGGGGGACGCAACUUUGAGAAUUUCGGGGAGGAUCCCUUUUUGACGGGGGGUUUGGCCACUGCGUAUAUCUCUGGUGUGCAGAGUGAAGGGGUUGGUGCCUGUAUGAAGCAUUUUGUAGCGAAUGACCAGGAGACAAGGCGGUUCAAUAUGGACGAGAGCAUUGAUGAGCGCACGUUGAGGGAGGUUUAUCUCAAGCCGUUUCAUAUGGCGCUCGCUGCGGAUCCUUGGACGGCUAUGACCAGUUAUCCCAAGGUCAAUGGGGUUCAUGCGGACUGCAGUCGGGCCUUGGUGCGUGGUAUUCUGCGCGAAGAGUGGGGGUAUGAAGGGCUAGUGAUGAGUGACUGGGGUGGAUUGAAUUCAACAAUCGAGAGUAUCAGGGCCUCCACAGACCUGGAGAUGCCUGGUCCGGCUCUUCGCUAUGGGCCAGCGCUAGUGAAGGCCGUGAAGGCUGGACAGGUGUCCGAAGGGGAUAUCGAUGCAUCGGUCCGACGGAUGCUGGACACUCUUCAUCGGGCAGGGCGCCUUGCUGCAGGUGGAGGUGUGCAUGCAGAGACCAAAGACAUCAACAUCAUGAGCGGCGAGGAAACGGAGGACUGUCCUCAGUAUCGAAAUACCGCUCGAGAGACAGCAGAGGAUGGAAUUGUGCUGCUCAAGAACGAGGACCGGAUACUCCCCAUACAAUCAGCAAAACUCACCAAGAUCGCCAUCAUCGGACCCAAUGCGAAGACGCCGACAGCUGGGGGGAGUGGAAGUGCCAUCGUGAACCCUUACUACGUGACCAACCCAUACGACUCGCUUGUCAACGCCGCGAAGAGCAUCAAUCCGCAGCUGGAGGUGGUCUACGAGCCAGGUAUCCUAACCCAUCUCCAUCUCCCCUUGAUGGGCAGCAUCCUGACAACACCUGAUGACAGCGUGCAAGGCGUGCAAGUGGACUUCUAUCACGGGCAUUCCCUGGACGGAAGCGUCGUCGCCACGACGUACUGGCAGGACUCACUGGUCUAUCUGAUGAGCGACGGGGACAUCCCCGGCCAGCUCAAGGGGAAGCCGUUUAGUUUCCGUGCCAGGGGACUGUUUACACCGACGACCAGUGGCUACUACGACUUCAGCCUGUCGAAUACGGGGAAAGCAAAGUUCUUUGUGGACAACGAGCUGCUGAUUGACAAUAUGGAAUGGACACAAAUAUGCGCCAAUUUCAUGAACUGCAGUAGCCCGGACAAAUCGGCCACGAUGCACCUCGAUGCAGGCAGAAAGUACACCUUCAGGAUCGACAAUGUUGUUGUCCCCCCGCCUACAAGACCGCAUGAUAAUACGCUGUUCCAUCGCAUUGCUGGUGUUCGGGUUGGCAUGCUCAUCCAGCACGACGAGGAGGCCAUGUUUGCGGCUGCCGUGCAUGCUGCAAAGACAGCGGAUCUGGCAGUUGUAAUUGCCGGGCAUAACAAUGACACUGAGCGCGAAGGCUGUGAUCGUACUUCUCUAUCGCUCCCGGGGCGGACAGACGAGCUCAUCCAGGCGGUUGCGGCUAUAAAUGAAAGCACCGUCGUUGUUACGCAGUCUGCAUGCGCAGUCUCCAUGCCGUGGGUGAACCGGGUUCCUGCCAUCGUCCAGGCCUGGUAUCAGGGUCAGGAAAAUGGCAAUGCCCUGGCCGCGGUGCUUUUGGGGUCCGUCAAUCCAUCAGGAAAACUGCCCAUUACUUUCCCACGGCGCAUUGAAGACCACGGCUCGCAUCCAUGGUUCCCGGGUAAUGCGCAGACAGAUAAGGCUGAGUAUGGCGAGGGCGUGAUGGUCGGGUAUCGCUGGUUUGAUGCGAAGGACCUGGAGCCACUCUGGCCGUUUGGGUUUGGACUUUCCUAUACGAUGUUUGCUGUCAGCGAUGUGCAGGUGCAUGGAAGUGUCGCUGCAGACGGAUCCAGGGCUGCCCGACUGUCUGCACUUGUGACGAACACAGGCAGCCGUGUUGGAAAGGAAGUGGUGCAAGUCUACGUUUCGUCCUCGAAUGCCGUACCUGAGGGGCAGAGGGUGGAGAAGGGACUGGCUGGGUUUGAGAAGGUCACGGUGGCUCCUGGCCAGGAAGAGAGGAUUGAUAUUACACUCGAUUCAACCGCCUUUUCCUGGUAUGAUGUUGAAAGCGCUGGAUGGAGGGUAGACACUGGCGUGUACCAGUGCUUCGUUGGGAAUAGCUCGCGGGAUAUAUCUGCAACAGUUGAUAUUAUUGUAGAGUAG